GUCAUGGUUGGCUCUCUCUCCUUAUGUCACAGUUGUUUUGUAUAGUCAAGAUCCUUCUGUUGCCUCUUUUGCCAGUGCUUUUGAUUCCCGGGUUUUAGUUGAUACUGACAUUGAUUUCACGUUCCUUGGUACUCCUUUUUUCCAUUCCAUGAUUGAAAAAUCUCGCUCAUACACAACAGAGAUAUCUGUUAUAAUUGAUCCUCAAACUGUUAUCCUCUCUGGAUUCCUCUCCACCUUAAAUCAUGUGUAUGAACUUGACCAUGAUUGGCUUCUUGUUGCUUCGGCUCAAAAUGUAUCUUACUUUCCAUUCCAUUUGGAUGAAUCUGGGAAACAUUGGCAAACAGACACUGGGAAACAGGUGAAGAUCCAGGAGCUGCAGAAAAUACUUCAACAUAAUUCACAGUGGAAUCAUUGUUACACAAGAAUGCUCAUGGCAUGGAACAGCAAGGAUAUGCCUCUACAUAAUGGAGUUCUUCCACCUUUCUUGUUUGGUAAGGGUAUACACAACAGUUGGGUAAUUCAUGAGGCCAUGUCAUCUGAGUUCAGAUUUGUGUUUGACGCUAGUUGGACCAUCACAAGUUUCCAUCUGAAUGGGGAUUUUAAUCCUCCAUUUGGGAAUUCUAGUGCUAAGGAUUUUGAAAAUAGAAAUUGGGAGUAUAUUGGCAAUUCCCAUAUAGGGUCACACUAUGGAUCAUUCUUCUAUUGUGAAGCGAAUUACUCUAGCCUAGUCAAACUCUUGAAGUGUAAUAACCAAUACAUUAUGGUUGACACCAAGAAAAACAUGGUUUAUCCAAUUGGACAGCAAGGUGCAAUAAACCAAAUGAAGGAAAGGAUUUUUCCAUCUUGGUUAAAGGAGAAUACAAUGUAUUGCAUUGAUAAUCUGAAAUCAGAGACCAGAUCAUUAGAUUGCUCUCUGAAGAAUCACAUGAAAAUUCAAGCAACUUUGGAACUCCAAUUCUCCUUAGAAUCACUCCUUUCUUUCACUGCAGACAAAACUAAAACAAUUAUUCUUACCAUUGCUGGAUAUAGCUACAAGGAUAUGCUCAUGAGUUGGGUUUGCAGAUUACGAAAACUGUCCAUUGAAAAUUUUAUUGUGUGCGCCCUUGACCAGGAAACUUAUCAAUUUUCCAUCCUGCAGGGAAUUCCCGUUUUCAAUGACCCAAUAGCUCCAAGUAACAUCAGUUUUGAUGACUGCCACUUUGGAUCUAAGUGUUUCCAAAGGGUGACAAAAGUGAAGUCCAGGAUUGUUUUGAAGAUUCUCAAGCUAGGUUACAAUGUACUUCUUAGUGAUGUUGAUGUAUAUUGGUUCAGAAGCCCAGUUCACUUGCUGCAUUCUUUCGGCCCUGCAGUUCUUGCUGCACAGUCUGAUGAAUUCCAAAAUGAAGGACCAAUAAACCUACCAAGACGCUUGAACUCUGGUUUCUAUUAUGCUCAUUCAGAUAUUCAAACCAUUGCUGCUAUAGAGAAAGUGGUGAGGCAUGCAGAAACUUCAGGCUUAUCUGAGCAGCCAAGCUUCUAUGACACAUUGUGUGGUAAAGGAGGAUCCAACCGCGUCGGAGAUAACAAAUGUGUGGAGCCUGAAACAAACUUGACAGUACAUUUCUUAGACAGAGACCUUUUCCCAAAUGGUGCUUACCAAGACCUGUGGCAGGAAAAAAAUGUCAAAGAAGCAUGUUUGAAGAAGAGAUGUUACAUUAUCCACAACAAUUGGAUAAGUGGGAGACUGAAGAAACUGGAACGCCAAGUCUUGUCUGGUUUAUGGGAGUAUGAUCCAGGCACAAGAAUGUGUAUGCAAAGCUGGCACAGUAUCAAACCGUGAAGUUAAUUUUGAGGAAACAGUGGA